UCCGGUCCGGCUCCUAGUACCUGGAAGCAGCUCUGUCCGCCUUCCUUGGGGCUUAGUAGCAUUUUUUUCCCCCGGAAUUGUGGCCCUCGAAUUGGAUCUGCAGCCGCCGCGAGCGGGCCUCACGCCAUUCCCUGCCCCUCGGCCCCCGGAGUGAGCCCGGCCUCCCCGCGAGGCUCCUUUGGCGAGGGCAGUACACAACUUUUCACCCUGUAAGUUUUGUCAUUGUAAAUACCGGAAGGGUGACCUAGUGGACUUGGACGUUACUCCAGAAAGAAGGGGAGAUGCCUAAAAAAAAGACUGGUGCGAGGAAGAAGGCAGAGAAUCGCCGGGAACGUGAAAAACAACUAAGAGCGUCAAGAAGCACUAUCGAUUUAGCUAAACACCCGUGCAAUGCUUCAAUGGAAUGUGACAAGUGUCAGAGACGGCAGAAGAACAGAGCAUUUUGCUAUUUUUGUAAUUCUGUACAGAAGUUACCAAUUUGUGCACAGUGUGGGAAAACAAAGUGCAUGAUGAAGUCUUCUGACUGUGUCAUAAAACAUGCUGGUGUCUACAGUACUGGCCUUGCCAUGGUGGGUGCAAUAUGUGACUUCUGUGAAGCUUGGGUUUGUCAUGGUAGGAAGUGUCUCAGUACACAUGCCUGUGCCUGCCCGCUUACCGAUGCUGAGUGUGUGGAAUGUGAACGGGGUGUCUGGGACCACGGAGGCAGAAUUUUCAGCUGUUCUUUUUGCCAUAACUUUCUCUGUGAAGAUGAUCAGUUUGAACAUCAGGCCAGCUGCCAGGUUUUAGAAGCGGAAACAUUUAAAUGUGUUUCAUGCAAUCGGCUUGGUCAGCAUUCCUGCCUCCGUUGUAAGGCUUGUUUCUGUGAUGAUCAUACAAGGAGCAAGGUGUUUAAGCAAGAAAAAGGAAAACAGCCUCCCUGCCCGAAAUGUGGACAUGAAACUCAGGAAACUAAGGAUCUUAGCAUGUCAACGCGCUCCCUGAAAUUUGGCAGGCAGACGGGAGGUGAAGAGGGAGAUGGAGCUUCUGGGUAUGAUACCUAUUGGAAGAACCUUGCAUCUGAUAAGUACGGUGAUACCAGCUACCAUGAUGAGGAAGAAGAUGAGUACGAAGCAGAGGAUGAUGAAGAGGAAGAAGAUGAAGGUGGAAAGGAUUCAGAUGCUGAGUCAUCAGAUUUGUUUACUAAUUUGAAUUUAGGAAGGACCUAUGCCAGUGGCUAUGCUCACUAUGAGGAACAGGAGAGCUAGGAGAGCUGCUUGCCCAUUGGCGACCUUGUCUGAGGAGCUGGAAUGUGUGUGCUUGAUGAAUCGUGUGUGGAUAUACAGACGCGCGUCCUGUCGCUUAGCCUUAUGUGAAAGACUAGUCACACUUACUGGGGCAAGGAGUAGGGCAUAGCAUUUCAGUGGGGACUGGUAAUCAGGCGUCUAGCAUAAGAAAAAUGAAUUUCAAAUGUAAGAUGUUUAUCGGCCCAAGCAAUUGAAGCAUCACGGAUUGGAUUUUACUGAUUUCAGUAAUCUAGUAGGUUUGCCAAUUAAAUACAUAUCCAGGAUAAAGGAAUAGGAUGGUAAUAUAUUUGUUUGAAAUUAAAUUGCUGUUUUUAUUAACACUGCUUAGAAAAUCAUUCUGUCUGAUUUUGUAAAAUGUAAUGGGUAAAAUGAAUUAUUGUAAUUUUUCUUGUUUGUCCACAGGAUAAAAGUCAGAUGUUAUAUGCUAAAUUUUCAUUAAAUAUUCAUGUUAAGUAGUUAUAUGUGUGUUUUAGCAAUUGACUCAUUCAUUUCUUUCUUCACAGCGUGUGUCCUGAACAAUACCUAUUAUUUAUGCUUAAAUGUGUAGACAAAGGUGACUAUAUAGCCAUUUUUCAGAAUCAGUAUCAUCACACAGAUGUUUUACCCAGGAAAUUUCAUUUCUCUUUGAAUAAAUCUAGUAUCUCACUUA